AUGAUUCCAACCAAAAAUGAAGCUUCACAUAUUCCUGCUGCUUUACAAAAGGCAGAACACGAUCAACUGAUAAUUAAAACGGCUAUUAGGGAAAGAUUGGCAGUUGUCAUUUCAUCUUUCCGAAUUUACCGUCUAUCCAACCCAUACGAAACACUAGACCCUACUUUGAUAACAAUAAAUAAUGAAAUUCCAUCGUUGGCUUCUUUAUGGCCCAGCAUUAAAUCACGUGACACAAACACCAAUUACAAAACUCCUACAGAACAAGAAAGCAAGCAUCGACGAAAAGAAAUGAUGCGAUUGAAUGAAUCUUUACUUGAUUUACCAGAAGUCUUGAUUAAUAGUAUAAAACUGAAUCACAACAGCAAGACAAAGAUACAGGAAUUUAUUAGUAGAUUUUGGUGUUGGAUAUUAAAACAUCAUAUGUUAUCAAUGCAGCAAGCAAAGGAGAUAUUCAAGGAGAAGGAAGGGGCGGAGAAUGAGAAUGAUAAAGUAAAUAUAAAAAUUGAUGAAGAUCAAGUAGAACAAAUUCCGCAAAAGUCGAAAUUUGUCGUCACAAUAUUCGAAGAUCGAGAUGUUCUCGAGGUAUCCGACACGACAAUUACAGGAAUUCUUUGCGUAAAAGAUGAUCGUAGCGCAGAAGAUGAUCGUGAUGGGGAAGAUGAUCGUGGUGGGGGAGUCAAUCGUUGUGGAACACCUUUAAUUGCGCUUGGUAAUUGA